CCAAAGCGAUAUGGUUAUUCACAGAUCAAGAAAAUGGCACACUCAUCUGCAGAAUUAAUAGGGAAAGGAGGAUAUGGUUGUGUUUACAAAGGAAAACUACCCGAUGGUCAUCUUGUUGCAGUAAAAGUCCUAAAAGAGUCCAAAAGUGAUGGAGAAGAAUUUAUCAACGAAGUUGCUAGUAUGGGUAGGACUUCUCAUGUUAAUAUAGUCACUCUUCUCGGAUUCUGUUAUGAGAGGACCAAGAGAGCCUUGAUUUAUGAUUACAUGUCUAAUGGGUCCCUUGAUAAAUUCAUAUUUAAUCAAGAAUUUUCGAAUACAGCUCGUUGUCUAGAAUGGAAAAUGUUGUACGAAAUUGCUCUGGGCAUUGCACGAGGAUUAGAAUACCUGCAUCGUGGUUGUAACACGAGGAUUUUGCAUUUUGGUAUAAAGCCUCAAAACAUUCUUUUGGAUAAAGAUUUUUGUCCAAAAAUAUCUGAUUUUGGUUUAGCAAAACUAUGGCUAAACAAGGAAAGUAUCGUAUCAAUGAUUGGUGCAAGAGGAACUGCAGGAUAUAUAGCACCGGAAGUAUUUAGUAGAAAUUUCGGUGGAGUGUCUCAUAAAUCUGAUGUUUAUAGUUACGGAAUGUUGGUUCUAGAAUUGGUUAGAGGACGAAAGAAUAUUGAUGCUAGAGUGCACAACACAAGUGAAAUAUACUUUCCUUCUUGCAUUUAUGAAGAUCUAGAAUUAGGUAGAGAUUUAAGAAUUUCAAAAGUUGCAACAGAGGAAGAAAAAGAAAUGGCAAGGAAGAUGGUAAUGGUGAGCUUUUGGUGCAUUCAGACAACUCCAUCAGAGCGACCUCAAAUGAGUAAAGUAGUAGAUAUGCUAGAAGGAGACCUUCAAUCCAUCCAGAUUCCACCAAAGCCAUUUUUGUUUUCUCCCCCAAGGUCUCCUCAGCGAUCCACAAAAUCAUAA